GUUCCGCGACGCCACGGGAGAUAACUCUAUUGCACACACUCUGCGAGUGGGUAUCAACAAACGAAGGCACGAGGAAAGAUAUGCGGACCGAUUAAAACAAGUAUAUUCAACAGGUGCUAUCUUGGCAAAAAUGGGACGUUAUUCUGAUAGUGAUGAUGAUUAUGAUCUGAAGAAAUCAAAGAAAAAGAAGAGGAGAAAGUCUAGGUCCAGAUCAAGAUCGGCCAGCAGUGGAAGCAGCAGAUACUCCAGUAAGCAUAAAAAGUCGAAGAAGACGAAGCACAAGAAAAGAUCUCGCAGUCGAUCAAGAGACCGUGCUUUAAGAAGGUCAAGGUCGAGAAGUAGAGGUCGGAGGUCAAGAAGCAGGGAUAGAAAGAGAUCUAGGUCGUGGAGUCCAGAGAGAAACAGAGACAGAUACAGGUCAAGAAGUAGAGACAGACAUACCAGGAGAAGAUCCAGGUCAAAUUCCAGAAGCAGAGGUCGGAGGUCAAGGUCUGAUUCCAGAAGUAGAGGUCGGAGGUCAAGGUCAGAUUCGCGAGGUAGAAGUCGCAGAUCAAGGUCAAGAAGCAGAGGAAGGAGAUCAAGAUCUCCCGACAAGAAGAAAAGCAGAUCACGGAGAGAGAGCCCAGCUCCCAAAGAGUGAGUAUCAGAGUGACAUAUA